AGCAGUUAGCAGAGCUAUUGGGGUGAGUAUCUCUUUCAAUCCAAAAGAAUCUCCACAAAUCCCACCACUGCCACUUUCAGUUUGUUUUCCUUUUAAUUAAAACCCUAAUUUCCCCAAAAGUUUCAACUUUCUGUAAUGGCGAUCUGCUUCCAAUUUCAAUCCCCUCUAAAACCCAUUACCUUUCCUUUAUCCACCACCAAAAGGGUCCCCAUUUUCAAAUGCAAAGCCUCGUUUUCCACCACCACUACUACAGAGCUCGAGCCUGUCUUCACCUCCGUCAAGUCCUUCGCUCCCGCCACGGUAGCCAAUCUCGGCCCAGGUUUUGACUUCCUCGGCGCUGCCGUUGAUGGUCUAGGCGACUUCGUUUCCCUCAGCAUCGACCCUUCUGUCAGCCCCGGUCAUGUCACCAUCUCAGAGAUCUCUGGGUCCUCUAAACUCUCUCCCAAUCCUCUCUUCAACUGUGCCGGCAUCGCUGCCAUUGCCACUAUGAAAAUGUUGAAUGUUCGCUCUUUCGGCCUUUCACUCAAACUCGAAAAGGGCUUACCUUUGGGCAGUGGACUCGGUUCCAGCGCCGCUUCCGCCGCCGCCGCUGCAGUGGCGGUCAACGAGCUCUUCGGUGCUAAACUCGGAGUUGAUCAGCUGGUUCUCGCUGGGUUAGAAUCCGAAGCUAAAGUUUCCGGCUAUCACGCCGAUAAUAUCGCUCCUGCAGUUAUGGGUGGUUUCGUCCUAAUCAAAAGCUACGAUCCUCUAGAGUUAAAGCCCCUGAUUUUCCCCCAGAAUCAAGAACUGUUUUUCAUCUUGGCCAGCCCGGAAUUCGAGGCCCCCACCAAGAAAAUGCGUGCGGCUUUGCCCGCCGAAAUUGGGAUGCCGCACCACGUCUGGAAUUGCAGCCAAGCGGGUGCACUGGUAGCAUCGGUGUUGGAGGGCGACGUCGUGGGGUUAGGGAAAGCAUUGUCGUCGGACAAGAUCGUGGAGCCUAAACGAGCACCCCUGAUUCCGGGGAUGGAAGCUGUGAAGAAGGCGGCUAUCAAGGCCGGAGCUUUCGGGUGUACUAUUAGUGGUGCUGGGCCGACGGCGGUGGCUGUGAUAGACAAUGAAGAGCAAGGGAAGAAGAUUGGGCAAAAAAUGGUGGAUGCGUUUUUAGAAGAAGGGCAUUUGAGAUCGGUGGCAAUGGUUAAAAAGCUGGAUAGAGUUGGGGCUAGGCUUAUUGAAGGUGUCCCCAGAUGAUAGUGAUGAUCAAUAGCAGAAUCACAGGUCUCUCUUUUCCUUUUUGUUUUUUGUUUUUUGUUUUUUGUUUCGAACUGAGGAAAGCUUUGAAUCAUAAUUAUGGGAUCUUAAUAUUUGCCUUUUGAUUUCGAGAAUUGUUAGUUUAGUUGUUUGCCUAUACGUUGAGCUUUAAUAAACCCAGAGAUCUUUAUGGUGUUUA